AUGGCAAUCAAAGCACCGUCAUUAUCGUGCUUGCGAGUCCUUCGGGCGUUGGUUACAUCAGAGAGUAACCAAGUCUGCAUCUCAGCAACUCGCAACUAUGCCACCAAACCAACACCAUCCACUGCAACACCCACCCAACCCUUGAAAUAUACACCACGCGAGAAAGAGAACCCCGAAGAUGAUCCCGUACCAAAACCUCUGGAAAGGCCCAUCGGAAUGCCGCAUCCCCCUAGAGCUGGUGAGAACACUGGUAUCGACACCCGCAGCUGGAAAGAACGCAGAGACGAUUUCGUCGAUUACGACAAGCACCUUGUGCGCCGCAAGAAGCUGAGCGACACUCUAUACCGUCCUUAUUUCCGCGACUUCAGCGCAAUGCGUCACUUCAAGGGCAAGACGUUUCUCUCUCCACAAUCUGUAUUCAAGGCCGAACAUGCCCUUUGGUUUCCCAACUUGCGUGGUCGCACUAUAGAAAAGGACUCUACCAAGAACGCGGAAAAGAAAGACUUGGUAAAUGCAUUGAAGGGAAAGAUCAGCGUCGUCAGUAUCUUCUCAUCUGGCUGGGCCGAGAACCAGGUUGCGACUUUCUGUUCCAAGGAGAAGAACCCUGCGUUACACGAAGUACUAGAGCAAGAGAAGGCAAGAGGCAAAGCAGGACUUGCUCAACUAGUCGAGAUCAACCACGAACCCAAUGCGCUCAAGUGGUGGAUCUUGCGAGCCUUUGCAGGCAGGUUGAGAGCUAUGCGACCCAAGGAGGACUGGUCCAAGUACUUUUUGAUCAGACGCGGCAUUGAAGAUGACAUUAGAGAGGCCAUUGGUCUGUUGAACAGCAAAGUUGGCUACGUCUACUUGGUCGAUGCUGAGUGCAAGAUUCGUUGGGCAGGCAGCGCCAUCGCCCACGAGCUCGAGCAGGAGAGUUUGGUCAGAAACCUGAAGAGAGUUUUGGCCGAGGCAAGAAAGAACAAGGAGUCUCCAAAGAGCGAGAGGACCGACAGCGUCGUCGAAGCC